AUGGCCGAAGAGAUUAAGCAGCGUUUUUUCAACCACAAGAAAGAAGAAGAAAAAGACGUCAAAGUCGAAGUCGACGUCGAUGUCAAUGUCGAAGUCGAAGUUGAAGUCGAAGCAGAAGAAGAAGUGCAUGAUUAUGAUAAAGAACGAAAGCAUCACAAGCAUCUACAACAAUUGACCGGCCUAGGCGCCAUGGCUGCCGGUGCCUAUGCCUUGCAUGAGAAACACAAGGCGAAGAAGGACCCGGAGAAUGCACACAAACACAAAGUGAAGGAACAUAUAGCGGCGGUUGUGGCGGUUGGAGUUGGUGGAAUCGCAUUUCACGAGGGUCACGAGAAGAAGGAUGCUAAGAAGAAAUCUAAAGAAUGUGCUUCUUAAUUAUUAACUACUUUAAUUUAUUCUUAAUUAUAUUGUGUUUUAUAUUUUUAU